AAGGAACAAAGAAGGAAUGUGAUUGGCCUCAGCACAGAGAACUAGCUUACAUUCCAGGUUGGGGAGAAACCAUCACUUCAGCAUCAUUCUGUACUGCCACCAUGAGAACUUACCAUUACUUUUGGUUCCUGUUUUGGUUUGGUCCUCUUCACCAAAGUUAUUCUAUACCAUUAUCCAAAAAGACUACUGGCUUUCCAGAAAACCCAAAAGUUUUGGAUUUAUCUAGAAACAGCAGAAAAGAGCUUAGUCGUUCCAAAAGAAGCUGGAUGUGGAAUCAGUUCUUCCUUCUGGAGGAAUACACAGGUUCUGAUUAUCAGUACGUUGGCAAGGUACAUUUGUCAUGCAAGUGACUGCCACAGAUGCCGACGACCCCACCUAUGGGAACAGUGCUCGAGUUGUCUACAGUAUUCUCCAGGGACAGCCAUAUUUUUCUGUUGAGUCUGAGUCAGAAAAGUUGGGAAAGUGCGAAUUUGAACUCCUGCCAGCAUACACUCUUGACCUACUGUAA